AGCAGCAAGCAGCAACGGUAGGCGUGUAACGGCAGCAGCCACGGACCCGAGAACGCCAAGCGAUUCACGAUCGGUGAGGUGGCCGCGCGUAUUCAGGCGCGCUCGCCCCCCAAUGGGUCCCAGGUGAUACCCGUUGCCGCUGUCGCGGUGACAGGCGAAGCCAGCCGUUGCUCGAGCCUCGCCAGCGCCUGAGGCAUCUCCCGUUCCCGUCGCUUGGACUUCCCACGAGCGUAUGGCUCACAACCACAAGAAGCUCGUCGAGCCGUCGUCGUUAGGCUUCGCAGUUCCCGAACAUCCCGUCGUGGUCGUCCAGAUGACAGACCCCAACAACAGCGCAUCGGUCACGUCGCAGUCGUCUUCGGUGGCCUCCCUCUCGUCGCUAGCGCAGGGCGCCGUGCAGGCGCCGCGACCCAACGACAGGACGCCUCUCCUUCGGCACACCAGGCUGUUUCGCAGCCUGAGCGGAGGCACUCAGAGUCCCCAGCAGACGACAUGUCAGGCGCCGUCGACGCGACGACUCGCCACGUUUUCGGGAUGUUUUACCCCUGUCUGCCUCUCCAUGUUCAGCGCGAUCCUGUUCCUACGGAUCGGCUUUUUAAUAGGUCAUUCCGGUCUACUCGAGUGCCUGGUUGAAAUUGUACUUGCCUACUCCAUCCUUUUCUUCACCGUGUUGUCCAUUUGCGCAAUCUCUACAAAUGGUGCCGUGGAAGGGGGCGGUGCCUACUUCAUGAUCAGCAGAGCGCUGGGACCUGAGUUUGGUGGCAGUAUCGGCACCUUGUUCUUCAUUGCAAACAUCUUCUCCAGUGCCCUGUACAUCACAGGAUGCGUGGAGGGUUUGGUCAACAACUUCGGGCCAUCUGGCGGCGUGGCACGCCUUCUGCCCGAGGGUUUCUGGUACAACCUGCUGUACGGCACGGGCGUCAACUUUGUCAAUCUCAUUGUGUGCCUGGUGGGGGCGACCAUGUUCGCCAAGACGACGGUGGUCAUCUUCGGCGUGGUCAUUGUGUCGGCCCUCUCGGUGAUGGUCAGCUUUCUGGCGCAGCCGGCCUUCGACGUCCUGCUGCCCCAGGAGAACCAGCACAUGCGAGAGCUCAACAUCACCCAUGCGCCGUACACGGGCUUCAGCUGGGUCACCUUCACCAACAACAUCUGGUCCUCAUACACUGUCGACUACACCACAAAGACCGUGACCACAUUCCCCAUUGUGUUUGGUGUGCUCUUCAGCGGUGUGACUGGCAUCAUGGCUGGUGCUAACAUGUCUGGGGAGCUGAAGGACCCAGCUAAGGCCAUUCCCAGAGGUACACUGUCAGCUGUUGGCUUCACAUUCGUCACAUACGUCCUCCUCAUGUUCCUGACAGCCGGCACCUGCUCCAGGUUGUUGCUGCAGAACAACGUCCUCUACAUGCAGUACAUAGAUCUGUGGCCACCUUUUGUGGCCAUCGGCAUCUUCUUUGCCACCCUGUCUGCAUCCCUCAGCAACCUCAUCGGUGCGUCACGUGUGCUGGAGGCCCUCAGCAAAGACGAACUGUUUGGUGUUGUGCUGCGGCCAGUCAGCAUCCUUGUCUACAAGAGCAAUCCACUGGCAGCUGUCUUCACCUCAUGGUUUCUUGUACAGCUGAUCCUGUUCAUUGGCAGCCUCAACACCAUUGCCCAGGUGACGUCAGUCUUCUUCCUGCUGUCAUACCUGUCGACCAAUUUGGCCUGCCUCGCUCUUGACCUGGCGUCGGCACCCAACUUUCGACCAUCGUUCAAGUACUUCUCAUGGCACAGCUCGUUGCUGGGUCUGUUGGGCUGUGGCACAAUGAUGUUUGUGGUGAGCCCACUGUACGCAGCCAUUGCCAUCAUCAUCUGCCUGGUGCUGGUCAUCGUGCUGCACCUUCGCUCACCUCCUGUUCGCUGGGGCUCCAUCAGUCAAGCGCUGAUCUUUCACCAGGUACGCAAGUACCUUCUCUUGCUGGACAGCCGCAAGGACCACGUCAAGUACUGGCGGCCACAGUUCCUGCUGCUGGUUGCCAACCCGCGCUCCUCACUGCCGCUCAUCCUGUUUGCCAACGACCUCAAGAAAAGCGGCCUGUAUGUGCUCGGUCACGUCAAGGUCGGCUCACCCAGGGAUUUCACAGCCGACCCUGUCCUGGAGGAGUACCCCUACUGGCUUGCCCUGCUUGACAAGCUCAAGGUUAAGGCAUUUGUGGAGGUGACCAUGGCACAGUCUGUGCAAGAGGGUCUGCACCACCUGGUGCGUGUAUCCGGCCUAGGAGCCAUGAAGCCCAACACCAUCCUGUUUGGCUUCUUUGACGACAGCCACCCGACGGACUUCUUCGACCAGAACAGCUCAUUCAAGGACUUGAGAACAGCCAAGGUUGGUGCACGCCGGCAAAGGCUCGACAACGAACAUUGUCGCGUGGACAGUGACGAACAGGUGCGUGAGGAGGAGUUCCUGGGCCUGCGGGACGCGUCCAGCCAGCAGCGGCCACUGGGCCCAGCUGAGUACGUGGCCAUGGUGUACGACUGCAUGUUCUGGAUGCAGAAGAACGUGUGCCUGGCGCGCCACUUCCAGCACUUGGACAAGGCGUCCGUGGUGCGCUCUCGCACGCGCCUCUACAUCGACGUCUGGCCCCUGAACUUCCUGAACCCUGGGGACAGCCCCGGCGUCAUCGACAACUGCUGGCUCUUCACCAUGCAGCUGGCGUGCAUCCUGCACAUGGUGCCGGGAUGGAAGCACGCCACCACGCUACGCAUAUUCAUGUGCAUUGGGCCCUGCGGCGCAGGAGGCGACGGCGGCGAGGAGCAGGUUGCUCGCCACCGGCGCCACUGGGAGAGCAUGCUGCAGCUGCUGCGCAUCGAGGCGACCAUCAGUGUGGUGCUGUGGGACCACGUGGCGGGCCUGCUGGAGGGUCCGCGCGAGGACUACCUGCACGCCGUCAACGCCAUGAUCAAGCAGCACAGUCAGACGACGGCCGUGCUCUUUCUGUACCUUCCGCCACCCCCUCCGCCUUCGGACGAUGGUGACGCCCAGCGGCUUGCCUACCUCAGCCAGCUGGAGCUGCUCACGUCGGGACUGCCCCCGACGUUGCUCGUGCACGGGAUUUCGCCCGUCACUUCCACCACCCUCUGAACAAUCUGGAAGUGAUCGAAGGGUAUGCGGGAAACGAGCACCAGUGGCCGUGGCGGCCCUGGGAACUUGCGGAGGGCGUAUACGGAUGGACUUGUCAUUCAUUUUCUGCCUGGCUGUCGCGUUUCCGAAGGCCAUGUGAACCUACGUACAGAGAGGUUGCUUCAUUCAUACUGUGCAUGUUUGUUUAAGUCCCAUGUGAUAGAAUGUGCCCGUGGUCGAAGGAAGGGGAAAAACGAUGGAUGACCCUUUAUUUCUGUGUGCCAGUUGUGGGCAUUUUCAGACUUUCUUUAAGCUGAAAGUGGCCGUUGCGUUUUUCUUUUGUAACACUAUAGGUUUGUGCUCUGCAUGUGUCAUUUUGAGAUUGAAUGUCCUUUUGGAACAGUGCAGAGCUGACGAAUCAAUCUCGAUUUUUUUUUUUAUAUAAAAACUUGCUUCACUUGCAUCUGUUUGGUGAGCAGCUCCCAGUAAAGAGACUUCGUCAUUGCUGCAGCAGACUCAAAAGAGUUUUGCGAGUAGGUUCCGUACGGCUAGCUGCACAGUUGCGUCCAUACUUGGAACCAAAGAAAGACGUGCGUUUGAGGCUACGUUGAUGCUUUCUUGGCACAGGCGCACGGCGCCUUCUGUGAAAUCUUUGCAAAGCACAGAUGCGAAUACUUCAGACUUUCAUUGCAUGCAUAGCAUCGCUUCUUCAUGUAGAGCAGUUUACAACUGACAGCACGCUCAGAUCCUUCCGUUCGAGAAGCUGCAAUACUGUAGUGCGUGUUGACAUGUGUGUGUUUGUGUGUUGUAAGUAACCGGGCCGCCCUUAUGGACUUCAGUAGCCAGGAAAUUACGCGCGACAACGCAAUUCUGGCUUUAUAUAAGUUGUCUGCAAGGCACAGCUUUAGUUUCGCGAGCAAUCUUGCAUCGAAGAGUUUUAAUGACGUCCCUUACAGGCCUUCUUGAGAUUCUUCUGAAGGUGGUGAUUCCCUAAGUAGUUUCCUUUGUGUUACAUUUAAACAGAACCAACCAGACAAGCUUGUGCGAGGUUGUUGAAGUUAUAUUUUAUAGCCAGCGCCAUUAGCCCCAAUGCUACGCAGUGGUGAGAUGAAUUAAGAUUAAUUAGGCACUCUGCUUGGUUUCCUUGGUGUGCUUUUCUUGCGAUAACAAAAGUCCACCGAGGUGUUGCACAGUGGUUUGUGCGGAGAUGUUUUUUUUUUUCUAAGCUUACAGCAUGUCGUUUUACUACUAGUCCCUGUUUAAGUCCGAGCAGUCCACUUUUCGUGCUUGCCUUGUUGUAUUUAGAUAUAUUUAUGUGUGUGUGGCAUAAAUGAAUGUGUACCUUUCUUUGCAGCACCACUGCGACAGGCUAGGUUCUUCUUCUUUCUUUUUGUUUUUGCUUCGCCAGCUUUUCUUUUCAUAGCAGUUGACUGUCUGCAAAAGACUUUUAUGUUUUCGCACUAUGUUUACUCGCACUGUACAAGGGACUAACCCGAAUUGUGCUUACGUGCCCUGAAAGUUUUUUCUUUUUCUUCUUUUUGUGAAUACACAUUUUCAUUUGUGAAUACACUUUCGCCGUGAGACGGUAUGGACGCUUUUUUAUGCAGGCCCCACAAUGCAUGGAAAUGAGCACCAAGGCAUGCUAAGUACGUGUGUGUAGUGUGUGAGUGCCGUACGCUGUCUUCUUUUUUUCUCCCUCUCUGUUCUUGAACCGUAUGCCGCCAUUUUCUACGUAUUGGACUUAUGUGCAGUGACCGAUGAAUGGAACGCAACAAAUGCAAAGCGAUGCACAGUUAACAAUGUAGGUAUGAGUAAGCGUGCGCGGUCUCCUCCCUCCGUAUCGAAGCUGUUUUUUUCCAGCGCAAUGUCGCAUGACGUACGUACGUAUUUCAGAGUACAGCGCGUGCACAUUGUCGCGUUUCAUCCGUUGACAACUGCACAUUACCCAGCAAUACUUGGAGACUGAGUGAAGCGCGGUUGCGUGCGUGUAGUAUCGGUGCGCAUUUGAUUCCCCUAACUUGCCUAGCGGUGCUCUCUCUAACCUAGUGCCUUCAUGUCUCAUCGACUAAUAUAAUAUAUAUACUCUGAAGUCAUCUCCUUGCAGAUACGGCAGCACGGCUCUUGUGUGUUGUGCUGUGAUGUGAUUUUUGGGAGACAUAUCAUGGAUUGAGUGUUUCCGUCUUUUCCCUUGUAAAACACGAAUAACUCUCUUCUCUUACUAUUGGUGAUGGAAGAGGCUUCUUUCAAGGGCUUUCAUGCCUGGCGAGAUGUGAAUCUUGGCUGUGAUUGCUUUUGCAGUGCCCUCGUUCUUUUUUUUUUUUUUAGAAAUAAUUUUACUUGUUUUAAUUAGUUGCGAGUGUUUUCUCGUAUGAAAUUGCCACCUGCGUUUUGUUGCUUUAAGUAACCGUGUGAGAGGUUGUAUAUUUUUAAACUAAUUAGCACUAGGCCGUCUGCACUUCGAUGAAAAAGUGGCUUGUUUAUUGUUUUUUUUCUAUUUUUACUCCUAAAAACGUAAUGAACUUUCGAUAUUUUGUGCUAGUGUGCGUUGUGUUAGACUCACAAGAAAGUGAAUUACGGCCAGCUGAGAACUUGGUUAAUUUAGUGGUUGUGCCUUGACGCUUCGUUCUGAAUAGUUCGUUUCCAUGCCCUGAAAAUGGAAAACAAAAAGAUGGCUCUAUUGUCUUUGAUGGCUGUGCAACUUGUCUACAUUACCAUAUUUAAAAAUAUUAUUUUCUAGGUUUCAGUGUUGUGUAGUAAACAGAUUUUUCUGAC